AGCCAGCUGCAGGACUGUUUUUUAUCCGGAGAAGAAGAAACUCGGAACCCAAACUUCCUGACUGGCGUUUGAAAGAAUGCCUUUCCAUUUCUGCCCUCAGUGUGGGACAAAGCUGCAGCCUGAUUUCAGAUUCUGUCCAUCAUGUGGGGAGAAACUUCCCUCUCCUGCUGAUAAAUGUGGACCUGCAAUCUCAACCACUUCUUAUAGUCUCUCUGCGCCCACAAGGAUAGAAUCAACACCAUCUCUAGGUAUCACUUCAUCUACAGGUUUAGCUCGUCCUGCACUGCAGAAGACCCACAACUUCCUUCUGAGUUCCCCCGAGAAGUAUACUAAAUUCAGCAGGAAGGUUGCCACUUCCUCUGUGGUGCCCUCCACUUCUCCUGUCAAAGAUGACAAGACUGAAGAUGAUGGUGUUGGGUUACAAGCUUCUCCACCCAAGCAGCACACAGUCACUUUUAAACUUGAUGCAGAAGUAGUGCCAGAAUCAUCUUCUACCGUAAAAUCCCCUCGAUCUGUCAGAGGAAAGUCAAAACUCUCCAGCCCUUCUGGGAAGCAGGCUGCAGCAGGAGCGAGGCUGUCAUUCAAAGCAAGUGGGACAGCAGAGGAAUCAGCAGUAGACGGCUCCUCUCCGACCCCGAGGUCUCCUUUUAAAGGAAAAAGUAAAGCCAAGAGGGCAAAGCAUGCAUUCGCUUUGGAGCCACUGCAGGAAGGCGAGGAGGUGACGGACACCACGGGAAAGAAGUGGAAGCUGAUGAAGCAGCAGAGUCAGAGCACAACAGAGCUCAUCUAUGAAGUUUCUCGGCCCAGUACCAAGGAAUCAAAUCACAUCCUCAAACUGGCUGCUAAAGAUGGAAGAAUCUUCAACGAGCAGAACUUCCUGCAGAGAGCUGCCAAACCUGCAUCUGUGGAGAAGUGGGUCAAACAAAACCACAUGGACUUUUUGGGGAUUCCUUCCUGUGUUGGCUUUGGUCUUCAUGCUGAUUCAUACAGGUUUCUGAUUUUCCCCAGCAUGGGCCAGUCACUCCACUCGGUCAUUGAGGAAGAAAAUGAGCCUCUGUCUCAGAAAGUCGUUCUUCAGCUCGCCUGUAGAAUCUUAGACGUGCUGCAGUACAUCCAUUCAAACGAAUACGUUCAUGCUGAUAUUAAUGCGAAGAACAUCUACGUUGCACAAGGACAGAAAUCACAGAUAUACCUCGUAGGAUACGAGCUCGCCUUCAGGUACUGUCCAGGAGGUCAACACGUAGAGUACCGCGAAGCCAGCAGGACGCCACACGAGGGCACCAUAGAGUUCAUCAGCAUGGACGCACAUAAAGGAGCUGCUCCGUCUCGCCGCAGUGACUUACAGUCUCUGGGUUACUGCAUGCUGCACUGGUGCACGGGGAUGCUGCCGUGGACCGAUGUCAGUCAGCCCGACCAGGUCGCCUCCCAGAAGCAGAUGUACAUGGACGAUGUGAAAGCGCUGUUGAGGCACUGCUUUGGAAAGAAGACGGUUUCCAGUGCAUUUCAAACCUACCUGACUUCAGUGAUGGCUCUGCAGUACGCUGAGCAGCCCGACUACUCAGCGCUGAAGGAUGGACUCAGUGCUGCUUUGCUGCAGCUGGGGGGGUCCAUGGAGCAGCCGCUAGGCAUUUAGGGAGCUCGACCAAAAAGAAGACAAUUGAGGAUUUUUGUCGCCUUGUUUUAAUCAUGAUGUUUUAUCGCUGAGGUUUUAUUGCACUGAAAGCCGAGUGUCGUGUCCCACAGUUCAAUAUGCUGGUGUUGUUUGGAUUUUUAUUUUAGUAUUCGGGGUUUUGUUUAAUUUUUUUUUAAGACAAACUGCACUGCCGACUGAAGACUUUCAUAGCAAAGAGGAAAGGGAUGUAAGUUGUCAGUGUCUGAUGAACACAUUUCAGGUGAUUUUUACACGUUGUUGGUUAAUUCUAUUAGAAACUUUGUGUGAUUUUCGAUUUUUACUUGAUUGUUUUUAAUGAUUUGUUUCCUUUGAAUGUCAGAGGAGAGCAGGAUGGAUUUUCUUUCUUUUAUAUCAGCUUUCUAAUGCUGUGUGUAAGAUGAGCCGAGACAUAUGCUAACUCAAAUAAAACACCAACAUUUCUGUCUCAAAA